AUGCGUCGUGAUACAAUCGCGCGACGUUACCGCCUUUCACGUUGUGAUCUGUGUGCUGCCGAAGCUCAAGGAGGGCAAGUUGGCCUUGCACAGUUCCAGAAGGCAACUGUACGGAAUAGACGGAACGGAAAGACUUCAACAAAAACGCCAGCACAGCUACCAAACGAUGCACUUCUUUCCUCAGCACUUUCAGUUAAAUCGGAACAAAUCCUUUCCCGCGACCCAUCAUAUUUUGUUGCACAUCCGGAGUUUCCACCGAAUUUUCCCCCAUUCAUUCCACCGAACGUAGAAUACAACCACCAGAAUUCUCCGAUGAUGAGAUACGCCACGGAUCGUCCAAGUUUUGACUUUGUCAAUGUCGAACAGCCGUCUAAUCCUUUGAAUGACGGGCAGGUUUGCUACGCAAGACAUUCACAUAGCCUCGUGAGGUCAUCAGAUGGCAAAAUCUACAGACAACAUCUUCUUGUGAAUCCGGAAUCUGGCAUACAAGUGGAGGUGUGCAAGAGAGAAACGGUUCAUGAAGGGGCUGCGAGCAGCCAAGGCAAUGUGAGCUCUCAUGAUGUCAAUACUCACUAUGAGCAGCUCGAGCAGCCAACGCACCAGUAUGGAGACUUUUCCGAUGAUAAGAAAGUCGUAAAAAAUGAGCUGAUAAGCAGCCCUCGUUUGGAGAAUCAUUGUGAAGGAGCGUAUAAAAUUAUGAUGAAGGAAGGCACUGAGGAUGGCUUUCUGACGCGCUCCACAUCGGCUCCUGGUGCCCUAGUUGAAACCCAGCAUGAAGACACACCAUCACGGGGCAAUUCGUUCGAUCUUUUGGGUAAUACUCACGAGGAUGAGAAUGUGCUUGUCUUCCGAUCUCUUUGA